AUGGCUAACGACAUAUCAGUAUUAGAGGACUCGGAGUUGAUCAACCUCAACAUCUUUACGGAAUUGCUAGUCAUGGACGAAGAUGAAGAGGAUUUUUCCCAAGGGUUGAUCACCACUUUUGUUGAACAGGCUACGGCAAUCUUUCAACAGAUAGAAGAGGCAUUGGCAAAUCCCACAAAGACUGACCAAGACUUGGUUAAUUUGGGAAACCUGGGUCACUAUCUUAAAGGCUCAGCUGCUGCCUUGGGUCUGAGCAAAAUCCAGUAUGAGUGUGAGAAAAUACAAAACUUUGGAGCCAAGACUCCAUUGGAUGGCAUAGGGCCGAAGUCAUUGACGGGCACUCCAGAGGAGAUCAAUGAAAGCUGGUGUCAAUGUAUUCAGGACUCUUUGGAAAAUGCUAAGGAAUAUUUUGGACAGACAAGAAAGCUAUUGGCGCAGUAUUAUGGAGUAGGUAUCUAG